UCCUCUCCUUCUCCUUAUCGCUUCCUCCACCUCUCUCUCUCUCUCUCUCGCGCGCGAGCAAAGAGACAGAGGGAGAUGGCGGACUGGGGACCGGUGUUCGUGGCGGUGGUGCUCUUCGUGCUGCUAUCGCCAGGGCUGCUGUUCCAGAUCCCGGGCAACGGCCGGCUGGUGGAGUUCGUCAGUCUCAAGACCAGCGGCCUCGCGAUCUUCGUCCAUUCCAUCAUCUUCUUCGCCCUCGCUGCCAUUUUCAUCCUCGCCAUCGGCGUCCACGUCUACACCGGUUAGCCAGCCACCUCGAUUCUCCCAUGGAACUGCAGACUUGGCUGUGCUCUGUGUCCAUUGCCUCUGUUCGAAUGUUCAUCUCUCUUGUGUCCCGUUGCCCUCACCUUCUUCUUGGAAGAAAGCUGCCAUCUUUGAUGUGAA